GCCUGCAAUAACCUGGCGUCUUCCAAAGUUCGACUUCCCGGCCUUCACUAGGGGCCGCCCACGAGGAGGUGGCGCCAGCCGGGACGGCCAGGUCUGGAGGAGGCGCGGAGCCAGGACUUGGUUCGGAGCUUCGGAGGCUCCGCUGAGAAGCCGGGCGGCAGCAAGACCGCUUCUUCCGAGCCGCCGAGCUGGAGGUGGAAAUGGAACUCCGUGAGGCCGGGACUCCGGCUGCCGGUCAGGGGCUCCUCCAGGCCGAGUCCCCGGCAGAGAAUGAGCCGGAGGCGGUGGCGGUCUCCCGGCGGAGCGGCGAGGCUGGGAGUCUACUGCACUGGUUCAUCACCGUGAUCCUGUGUGCCUCCUUUCUGGGGCUGGGAUUGAGUGUCGCUAUACUGGGACCCACAUUUCAAGAUUUGGCAACGAAUGUGAACAGCAAUAUCAGCAGUCUUUCUCUGAUUUUUGUGGGCCGUGCCUUUGGAUAUUUGAGUGGCUCUGUGAUUGGUGGAAUUCUUUUUGACAUUAUGAACCAUUUUCUACUUUUGGGGGUGUCAUUGUUGGCUACCACAAUUGGUCUUUAUCUUGUUCCAUUUUGUAAGACAGCAGUGUUACUGACUGUCAUGAUGUCCAUCUUUGGUGUUUCAAUUGGCAUUAUGGAUACAGGUGGUAACGUCUUAAUCUUGGCUAUUUGGGGUGACAGAGGAGCCCCACAUAUGCAGGCCUUACACUUCAGUUUUGCCCUGGGUGCCUUUUUGGCUCCACUGCUGGCUAAAUUGGCAUUGGGCACAACGGUGUCUGCUGAAAACCACACACGGGCUGACUUGAACCAUUCUGUCAUCAACCAGUCAUCUGAAGCUGACUCAGAAUCUCUGUUUGGAGUACCUGACAAUAUGAAUUUACUGUGGGCUUAUUGUAUUAUCGGUACUUAUAUUUUUGUAGUUUCUGUCUGUCUUUUUGCUCUGUUUUUAAACAAAAGCUCAAGGCAGGAAAAAGAAAAAGCAUCUGCUCAGAGGUUUCGAAGAGCUAAAUAUCACAAUGCCCUUCUUUGUCUCCUUUUUCUGUUCUUCUUUUUUUAUGUUGGAGCUGAGGUAACCUAUGGCUCUUACGUUUUCUCAUUUGCAACCACCCAUGCCGGCAUGACCGAAAGUGAAGCAGCUGGGUUGAACUCCAUCUUCUGGGGGACCUUUGCAGCCCUCAGAGGCCUGGCAAUCUUUUUUGCUACAUGUUUACAACCUGGAACCCUGAUUGUGUUGAGCAACAUUGGCAGCCUGGCGUCAUCUUUAUUUCUGGUGCUUUUUAACAAGAACCCAACUUGUCUGUGGAUAGCAACUUCAGUGUAUGGGGCCUCAAUGGCAACCACGUUUCCCAGUGGUAUUUCUUGGAUUGAGCAGUACACAACCAUUCAUGGGAAAGCCGCAGCAUUUUUUGUAGUUGGCGCUGCCCUGGGAGAAAUGGCUAUUCCUGCAAUAAUUGGAAUUCUUCAAGGAAAAUAUCCUGAUUUACCUGUGGUUUUGUACACCUCUUUGGGGGCAGCAGUAGCCACUGCUGUUUUAUUUCCUGUGAUGUAUAAAUUAGCCACCUCACCUCUUCGUCGUCAGCAAAAAGAACACAGAAAAAGUGAGGACCAGAAAGCUUUGCUCUCUAGCUCUGGGCUAAAUGACUAUUAGGAAGGGAAUGAAGAAGAAGAUGCAGAAAAAUGGAAUGAAAUGGAUUUCGAAGUGAUUGAGAUGAAUGAUAUAAUGAGGAAUUCUGUAAUAGAGACAUCUAGAAAUAUUUUGAUGGAGCCCACAGCAGAAGUCUCCAACCAAUUCCACUCAAAUGCAUUAGUGUUUGAGUCCUCGGUUAAUACUGGCAAGUCCCCUGUGAAUCACCUUGUGGAAACCAGGACAAAAGGGACUAACAGAGAAGAUGGAUUAUUUACUGACUUCCUUGAAAUAAUUGCCAGCUCUAAAGAGGCCAGUCAGAGGGGAGCAUUAGCAGAUUUUCAGCAUGCUUUGGAGAUCAAAAUUUCUAGGUCAGAGUAUAGCAAAUGCUAAAAAGUUUUGAAAUGUUUUGUAAUUCUCAGAGUCUUGCAUAAAGAACCAGUGGUCUCAUACAGCAGGAUCUGGUUGUGAGGCUAGUGUUGGGCAUGUGGCUGAUUAGGUAACGUUUUAUGGCCUUCACCUGUCAGCAUGCAAAGAAAGCAUUUGUUUUUGAGGAGCUGGGUACUGUCUCAAGCCAGUUCUUAACAAUCGCGCCACUCGGCCGGCCCUGGGUACUGUCUUAACAGAAUGAAACCAUCUAGUUGAAUCCAUUAGCUGAACAACCAACCAGUCAUCAGUAUUCUACCAAGGAAGCUGAUGAGAGUCAUUUCAUAAAAGAGCAUCUUUGAAAAUAGACAGAUUUUUAUUAAUUGCUUUACCCUGUGUGUAGCAUUGGUCCAAAGAACGCUAAUGCCUCAUUUGAUUUCUGAUUUUUGUGAAGAGGACACAGCAGGGCCCUAGAGACCUGGCUCACACCUUGGUUGAUGCCACUAGCCUUCUGGCCCUGCACGUAGUCACUUAACUUACACAGCUCUCGUUUAUCUCACCUCCUGACCUGUGAUGCAAUAAGUGAAAAUGAGAUGAUUUUCAAACUAGGAAUCCAUAAGUUUUAAAGUUUGUGUAAGAUGUCUGCUAGAAAUUAGUAUGUCACCCCAUUCUUCAUAUCAAAUGAGAAAUGAAACAAUUCAUAGCUUUAAGAAUGUGCUACUGAUUUUGAAUACAUGUCAAUUUAAGAGACUUGAUGUUUAAUACUUUAUUUGAAUAAUUACCUGAAGAAUACAUUUUAGUACUGUAUUUUAUUGAUUCUAAGAUGCACCUUUUCUCAUAUUUUUAACAUUUCUGAAAUCAGGAUAUGUCUUAAAAAUCAAUCAUUUAACAUUGUGACAAAAUUUAAUUGACAGUUUUUUCCAUAUACAUAUGUAAUGUUGCAUUUUUACAAUCAGUAUCUUAGAUUUAGUGAAAUACAGUAAUUCAUUCAAUUAUGGAGAUUAUUUUUACAGAUAUUUUAAAAAGGAAAAGUUAUUUUUAUGUGCUAACUUUCUCUGUGUUCACCUGGGAUUUGGAGAUGCUAUGUCCCGACUUCAAAAGCUGUUUUCGAGUUACUCCAUAGGCACUAGGGCUGUGGAUGAGGUUUCCUGAGGUCCUCUGCUUGCCUCAGUAACAGAGCCUGGGUCUGAGCCUUGCUCUCCCAGGAUUUGCUCCUCACUGAGUCUGGUUGUUAAUCACACUUUAAGCACUGUAAACCAGAUUGCUAGUUUCACUUACAAGGAGGCAUAGUCUUUUUUCCAGGGACUGGAAUACUCGUAUCACCCAUCCAGGGCUCCUUCCUGAGCUUGAAAUACCUGGGAAACCAAAGUAAUGAUUAGAAAGUGGCUUGGUGGCCUAGGAGUCAGGGAUUGUAAAGGGCACUUCAUCUGAGCAUGGCAAGGCUGGUGUGUGCUAUCCUCUGAUAAAUGACUAGCACUGAUGACAGGUUUUCUCUACUUUUCUUGACCAGGUUUGAUGCUGAAUAACAUCUAAUUUCUACCUGAUUGCAUGUCUGCUUUCUCUUAUCUAAUUUCUAGAAAUUUGCCUUUGUUUUUUCUUAAGCGAGAUACAGCAUCUUUCUUGACCACUGCCUGUUCACCUUAUAUACCUGCCACAAUAUUGGUUCAUAUUAAUAAUCUAACAGUUUUGGGCAGGGCUGGUGGAGAAAUUAACAGGAAGAAGCCUAUUCUUCUUGCUCCUUUUAUACUGUAUUUUUCUGUUGGCCAGAACUUGGAGAUUACCUCUACUUUUAUUUAUUACUUUCCUCAGGUUGUUGGAAUUGAGGCAGUAGCAGUAUUUGGCAGCUGGGAGGCUUGCUAGAACAGGGAUUCUCCCUGUAGCAUCUACAUGUAGGGGUAGAAGAUGCAGCUCAGGGAGAGAAGGCUGGUAAUAAGAACAUAACAGAAUUUGGAAAUCUACACUGGAAAAUCCACUUGCGUUCUGCACACCAAAAUAUGAAUGGCCAUAUGAGAUUAUAGGCAUUGUUCAGGUUUGAUCAUGUAUUUCCAUAUUGGAAGGAUAAGACUUAGUACAAUUCCAAGAAUUAGCAUUCAUCCUAAUAAUCAGUUCUUAAGUGUCUGCUGCUAUACAAGUAACCAAUACAGAAGUUUUCUUAUUACUGUGUAACAAAUGAUUACAAAUUUAGCAGCGUAAAAUAACAGACUUUUAUUUCACAGCUUCCUUGGGUCAGGAAUCUGGGCACAACUUCGCUGGGUCUCUGCUCAGGGGCUCACAGGGCUGCAGUCAAGCUGUUGGGGAGACCUGUGCUCCUUUCUGGAGCUUGGGGCUCGCUUCUAGCCCCAAUACUGUCAGUGGUUGUUACAGUAUUCAGUUCCUUGCUGUGCUAGACUGAGGUCCCCACGUUUUGCUGGCUGUCACCUGGCACCAGUCUCAAUUCCUAGGACCUCCCACAGUUCCUUGCCAUGUGGCCCUCUCAUAGACCCUCUCACACCUGGCAGCUUAACUCUUCAGAGCUGGCAGGAAAAUCUUGCCUGAGUCUGGUAAGCUAGAGGCUAUAUACACAAUGUAAACACAGGAGCGGCAUUUACCGUUGCCAUAUUCUGUUAGCUGGAAAAAAGUCACCGGUUCUGCCCACACUCAAGGGGAGAGGCCAAUGCAGAGAUGUGAUUCAUUGGGGUGUCUUAGGGUGUCUCCUACACUCAGGGACCUGCAAAAUCAAGGUUCAAGAGAGCUAAAAAGUUUGAGCUGGGGGGAAAAGCCCUUCAGCAGUCACUGACAGUGGUUAUAGGCACAGCCCAUUGAGUGUACUUGUGUGGGAUGGAAGGCUCCCCGUAGGCCAGGCCAACAAACCUGAAAGGGGAGAAUCUUCUUUAUGUGUGGGUUCCCUCAGAGUUACACUAUUUUUUUCUUGACAUUUUGUUUUACAACUGUGCUUUUAACCUGUGCAAAUGCAGCUGAAUAUGAAGCAAACAGAUAAAUUUCAAUGUAAAUGCAUUUUCAUAGUAAAGUGCAAAAACACUUUGAGAGCAUUUUUCAGUUACUCUGUUGUUUUUUAAAGAAAAAUCUGUUUUAAAAAUCAGUUUUUAUUUUAAUGAAGGUGUUUAAAAAAGGUCAUGGUAGAGUGGUAGAAGAUUAGGGAAGUACAUAAAAAUAUAAGGAACAAGUAUAAGUAAUUCAUAAUCCUAAACACCCAGAAAAGUUCUUAGAUUUCUCUUCAUUUUAAUUUCCUAAGUAAAGGGUAAAGGGGUAAAAAAAAUUUCCUCCUACCAGAUGAAGUAUCAGAAACAACUUGCAUUUUGUGUCUAGGGUACAUUAACACUAUACUUGCUGGACAGGUUAUUAGUUUAGUUUGAACUAUAGUUUCUUUUUUAGAAAAUGUAAUUGGGAGAUGUCCAGUGUAGUAACACAGUCCUGAAAAACGUGUGAGACCCAGAUUACAUGUAAAAUGAUUUCUUUUUCAGGUAGAUUCAUUGUGUAAUCAGGAUUGCUUUCUCAUAACCAGAACUUUGGGUUUACCAUAGCAGUGUUAUCACUCAAUCUUGCCACUUAAUAGUUAUUAGUAAAAUAGAGCUUAAAAUUCCUAAUGAAAGUAGACAUAUUCUUCUGGGCUGCCCUCUGUCUAUGUUUAAUGCCACUUGUUUUGUUCAUAGUGUUAUGAGCAUGUGUGUAUGUGCACAUGUGAACCCAUAGAUGUUAUGUGUGUUGGAUAUUUUCUGAUUCUGUGGGGGUGCAGUGGGGUUAGAGGUGGUAGGGAAGGGAUUAAAAAAAGUUUAAGUAUGAUUCAAAGUUUGUGAGAAAUGUUCCUUUAUUGAGAUGGUUGUAGGUUUACAUGCAGUUGUGUAGUAUUUUACUAAAAUUCGCUAAGCGAGGGGUACUUGCUCAGUAGGGUAAGAGCUAGAUGGUGCUUCUCAUGCUUUAAUGUGCAUUAGAACUGCUUGUUAACAUGGAUUCUAAUUCAGUAGGACGGGGGUAGAGGCUGAGUUCUGCAUUUCUAGAGCUCCUAGGUAAUGGGGUGCUGCUGGCCCAUGGACUGACCACACUUUGGGUAGUAAGGUCCACUGUUGGGGAGUGUUGAAUUCUUUAGUACUUUUGGGAAUUUGGUUGGUUUUAUUUUAACGUUUCUAUUAUAAACCUGACCCAAAUCUUUGGGAAUCCGAAGCAACUGUGCACCCACUCCUCUCACUCACACGCCAGGACUCUAUUCUGCGUUCUCUUCAGUCCUCUCCAUUUAGCAUGUUGGCUGUUAAAUAUUUAUUUCACAUUUGUUGAUUGUUUCCUGUCUUGCAGUUUCUGUGGGAGGUGCUAGGUGGACACUGGUGAAAAGAUCAGGAGGUUCCUGCCUUCAUGGGACUUACCCUCCAGCAUGUUCCAGAACUGUGCAGUGGAACGUCCCAUGAUGAUGGAAAUGCUCUCUCUCUGCAUUGCCCAGUAGCCACUGGCCACAUCUGGUGAAUUGAGCCCUUAAAAUGGGGCUAAUAUGACAAAGAAAAUGAAUAUUUGAAUAUAAAUUUAUCUACGUAUGGCUGUUGGCUGCCAUAUUGAAUAGCACUUGUCUAGUGGGAGAAACAAGAUGGUAAACAAUCACAUAAGAUGUUUCCAGGGAGGCUUUAUUUCCUGUUGUGCUGGAAAUUAAUACCUAUCUGGAGUCAGAAAGGUGGUGAUAGAUACCUUGUCAAAUAGCUCAAUAUAAAUUAUCAUGGCACUUAAGAAAUGCCUGGUGUUAUGGGUUGUGAUGGUAGACUGUGGUGUUUAGUGAUCUAAAAGCAAAAGUUUUGGCCUGCCUUGUGUGUAAAGGAAGCAAACGGAGGCUGGUGACUUUGGCUGUCAGGGAUUUGAGCCCUUUCCCUUAAUGCUCUUUGGCCA